AUGCCUCCACCCGUGCAUACUUUCCAUGUAAUUCCUUCACCCACUGCAAAGGGCCAACUGGGGCCCGCGCGGAGCAGCUGCUCUCUAUUUACAUGUAAACCGAACCGGCAGGAUGCAGUUAACCCUUUCCGGAGCUGGAUUGUCAGUGGGCUGGACUCGCCGCUCCAGCUAAAACUGGCUCUGCCCACUUGGCGGGAUCCCCCUAAGUCCCCUCACCCCCGGACAGACCACGCUAUUUCUUUUCCCUUCUUACUCUGGACGGAUGAUCAAACGUGUUGGAGUAACUUUCUACAGGCAAGUGGCAACGAGAAUGAUCACUCUCCCCAGCGGGAAGAACAGGUUCUCCGAGUCGCUCGACGUGACUUGAUAAACCCAAGAUUCACAGACGUCGCCGAGCCACCCGCGGGGGGGGAUGCAUGUGAGCACGCCGCCAGGGGCGUCGCGUCUUCUCCAGUCCGCGGCUUGAGGCCACGCGCUGGGGACCUGGGCUCUGGGGCGUCUGGCGAGCCGGCCGUCUGCCCACGGGCAGUGAGGCCCUCCAGCCUCGCCGCGGCCCGAGUCCUCCGGGCCACCCCCUCGGCCCCGCGCCGCCAGAAAGCGUCGGCUGCCCGCCCGCAGAUGUCGCUGCCCCUCCGGCUGCCCUACUGCUACCCAGCGCGGAGGUGGCGCGGCGCCCUCUGGCUCUCCUAUAUCUGCGCCCCUGUCAUGCCCCCGCUUUCCCCGCCUGCCUACCGGGGCUCCACCCGUAGCACGAAGGCAGCGCUGCGGAGUGCUGCUUGGAGGCGGCGGCCUGGACCCGGGCCAGAAGCUACAGGGAGCGCGCCCCGAGGGGCGGCACAGGCGCCACCCCCUAGGCCGGGCGUCCCGGGGCCUGGAGUGCGUCUGCCUCGCCACCCAGGCCUGGCCCUCUGCCCGCCCGCGGCCCCUCUCCCACCCCGCCCGCAGGGUCCUCGCGCCCCGCUCCUCAGAGCCGCGCGCGACCGACCCGCAGCCCGCCUUCCCCGCGCGCCUCGGCAGUUACCGGCCACCGCGUAGGGCCCCAGCGAGCCGAGGACCGCCUGCCCGGAGCUUCUGGAACAGCAGCGGCUGGCGGAAAGGAGCCGGAGCUGAGUAAAUAACCGACUGAGUGUGGCCGGCGGAGCGUCGUGAAGGCGGCGCUCCCCUCUUGGUUCUCGCGACUUUCGCCGGAGUGGUCGCCGGCUGAGGCGCGCGGCAGAAGAGGGGAUUGGAUUGGGGGGAGAGGGGGUGGGAGGAUGGCGAGCCUGCCUGUGCAUCAUCAGGAAAAUAUCAGGGAAACUGCGGGAAAGUCUUGAGAGUCACUGUAUUUAUUUAUCUGUAAAAUAGCAAGACCCCAGCUUAGAAGAAAAAGGAAAAAGUUCUGGUGCAAGCACUCAGGGGGGAAAAAAAGGAUCAUCUGCAGGCCUAGAGGAAGGUUGAGGAGAAGGAUCCCCUGCAAGAGGAGACCACUGCAGUACCUGUGGGUGAAGGAAACAGAAGUGGACCCAUCUGCCUGUCUCACUGUCCAUGAGUUUGAACACAGGAGGCCUAUACAGAUCUUUCCCUUUACAUUCAUGGGUAAAGUGCACUUGGGACUCAGGAAAAGGCUCUGAGGCAUUUAAGGUUCUUUAUCUUUGUGUUUGGUGAGGUAGCCACUUGCCACAUGUGGCUGUUUAAUGCUUGAAAUGUGAUACGUCUGAUUUGAGAUGUGCUGUAAGUUUAAAAUGCACACUGGAUUUUGAAAACGUCAUAUAAAAAAUGUAAAAGAUCUCCAUUACUUUUAAAUUCAUUACAUAUUGAAUUGUUUAUAGUUUGGAUACUUUGGGUUAAAUAACAUAUGUUAAUAAAAUGAAUUUUACCUGU